AGAAAGUGUCUGGCUCCAGACAUGAGACAGGCCUGUUCCAUUCCCUGACAGGGUGUCAGGUGAUGGGUCCAUGGUUUCGGCCGCCAGUUGCGGCGGCGCUGCUGUUGAUCCCGGCCUUGGCUGAGCGGAACACCUUCGAAAGCGGUCGGUUGGACUUGGACGAGGCGAGCGAGGACGAAGCGACCCUUGAUCAGAUCUUAGAGGCUCUGCAGGAGCUGCAGGCAGCGAACACCACCAACGCCACAGAGCUGGAAACCAGCGCUGGGCUGGCAGCGGAAUCAGAGGCGCCGAUACGGCCGGCUCAGGACGAGGUGGAUCUGAGCCUCACCAAGCGCUUCGGGUACAGCAAGUUCCGGUCCAAGCAGGAGUCGGACCUGCGGGAGCUCGCCAAGUUCCCGGCCAUGGUCGACAUCUUGGAGACCCGGGCGCAGAAGGUGAUCAUGAAGAGCCGGAGGUGGAAGGAGCUUCUGGAGAAGAUCAACGAAGGCCACGAGAACUUCACGCAGCUUCUGCAUCAGUUCCGGGCCGCGGUGAAGCAGGAGCAUCUCGCCAAGGUGCACCGAGUGGUGGCAGUGCUCACGGGCAACGAGACGAAGGCGCCUGCGCCACCUCCAGAUGCGGAAGAGGACGCGAUCGCGGAAGGUGACGAUUUCGACGAGGAGGAGGAAGCAGAAAGAGACGAAGACGCUGACAAAAACACUGACACCAAGGAGAUGGUGCAGGAGGAGCUGGCAGUCUUCAAGAACGUCUCCGCGGUGCCAAAGUUGCAGCCCAUAGCCACGGCAAGUUCAGGAGGUGCGGCGGAGGAUGAGGAAACAAACGACGGAGAGGAUGAGGACGAUAAAGAUGAGGAAGAAGAGCAGGGCGAGAGUGGGAGCCCGGAUUCCCAAGGGGACGCGAGUGAGACAGAUGAGGAUGAGGAGGCUUCAAAGGGUGCUAACUCCACGCUUUGAGUCAAGCUUUUGGCGACGUGCUGUGCUGCACGCAUCGGCGUCUCCAUUGGCUGGGUGG